AUGGCUUCCGUGUCCCCGAGGAAAUCUACGCGCGCCGCUGCGACGCGCCGAAAAGCACCCGUUGUCGACGAUUCGGACCACGAGGAGAACAGGACCCCGACGCCCGAAGUCAAGCAGGAGGAAGAGGAAGAAUUCACACCGGCCCCCGCACCACUCAAGACGGGACGGGGACGGGGGAGGCCACGGAAGGCUGCAGCCCAGAAUGAAGAAGCGACACCCAAACCCGCAGCGAGGCGGCGGACUCGCGCCACAGAGUCGGUCGAACCUACGCAGACGCUCACACCCGCGGCAGAGAGAAGCACCAGGGCAGCUUCCCCCUCCAAGGCGGUACCUAAGAAGCGCGGAAGGAAGCCGCGUGCUUCUGUUGCUGCACCGCCGGCUGAGGAUACCUCUCACUUGCUCACGCCUGAGCCUUCAAUAUCGCCUGAGCCUGAAGUCGAGCAGCCGUCCGAAGUCACCGUUACACCAAGCUCACCGCUUGCCGAUACUACAAACGACACGGCCGACGAUCCUAAGAACGACACAGUAGUCGAUCCUACGAGUGACGCUGCGAGCGAUGUUACCAUGACUGAUCGAACGCCGGAGCCCACACCCGCACCCGAGCCUGUCGCUGAGGUUACCCAGAUAGAAGCAAAAGACGAGACGCCCGUUCCGGAGCUGAAGGUCGAGGCUGAGCCUUUAUCAGAGCCUCAGCCCCCAGCCAAGGUCAUGGAGGAACUCGGCACACAACAAACUAUGCUUGAGCCCAUAGAUAUUGUGGUCAAGAGGCGAGCGGCAGGCAUCCCCGCGCUGCAUGAGCCCGUGGCGCCCAAACAGCGGACAGUAAUCACCUGGCUUGUCCUCAACAACUUCAAGAGUUAUGCUGGUCGACAGGCGGUUGGGCCUUUUCACGCCUCGUUCUCCUCCGUGGUGGGACCGAACGGCUCCGGAAAAUCAAACGUCAUCGAUUCGCUUCUCUUCGUCUUCGGUUUUCGCGCAAGUAAGAUGCGACAGAGCAAGCUUUCCGCCCUUAUUCACAAUUCCGCGGCGUUCCCAGACCUGGAUUACUGCGAGGUCGAAGUUCACUUCCAAGAAGUCAAGGACCUCCCAAACGGCGGCCACGAAGUCAUCUCUGAUUCAGACCUCGUCGUCUCUCGAAGGGCGUUCAAGAACAAUUCGAGCAAAUACUACAUCAACAGGAAGGAGUCUACAUUCACGAUUGUCACGACCCUGCUUAAAGACCGCGGCGUGGAUCUCGACCAUAAGCGUUUCUUGAUCCUGCAGGGUGAGGUUGAAUCGAUCGCGCAAAUGAAGCCAAAAGCACAGGGCGAACACGACGAUGGCCUGCUUGAGUAUCUCGAAGACAUCAUUGGCACGUCCAAGUACAAGACACCCAUCGCAGAGUCCGAGGUAGAAGUGGAGACCCUAAACGAAGUCUGUCGGGAAAAGAGCAGCCGUGUACAGCACGUCGAGAAGGAGAAGAGCAGUUUGGAAGAGAAGAAGAACAAGGCGCUCGCCUACAUUCGUGACGAGAACGAGCUGGCCUCGAAGCAGUCCACCCUCUACCAGAUCUACGUAUCCGAAUUCGACGAUCACAUUCAAGUCACACAAGAAUCUGUCGGCCAGCUCCAGUCGCAGCUUGAUGAGGAGUUGCAGAAGCACCAGGGCAACGAGGAAGAGAUCAAGGGACUUGAGCGACAAUACAAGGCUGGCGCGAAAGAGUGUGAGCAGCUCGAAAAGAAGAACCAGGAGUACCAGAAAGAGGUGGCCCGUGUUGACAAGGAGACGGUCAAAUUCGAAGAGAAGAAGAAAUUCUUGGCUAAUAAACAGAAGAAGCUGGAGAAGACCAAGGAGACAAGUGGCUAUGGUCGAUCGGAAGCAGACAGCCUUGCCAAGCAGUAUGCCGCGGACGUCGAGCGCUACAACGAAGAAAUCGCCGAGCUCGAGCAGAGCAUGGAGGUCGAAGCGAAGGAGCUCGAGACGAUUCGCAAGAGCUUGGCCGGUAAAACACAGGGUCUUUCAGAUGAGAUCGCUGCAAAGCAGAAAACUUUGGAACCCUGGAGUGCGAAGAUCAACGAGAAGCAGUCCGCUAUUGCAGUUGCUCAGAGCGAGCUCGACAUUAUGCGUGAGCGUGAGAAUGCCGGUGCCAAGGGUAUCGCUGAAGUCGAAGCAAAGAUCGAGAGUUUGGAGGAAGCCAAACAGGCAAAGGUUGCAGAGCUCGAUGAAUGUAAAGCUGAAAGGAAGCGUGUCGAGAAGAAUGUCCAAAAGACACAGGCUAAACUUGAGGAAAUAACCCAACAAGAGCCGGCGCUGAGGUCGAAGCUAUCUGGCGCACGAGCCAAGGCAGACGAGGCUCGGGCAAGUCUCUCCUCAGCUCAGACCCAAGGCAACGUUUUGACGGGUCUGAUGCGUCUGAAAGAUUCAGGACGUAUCGAUGGCUUCCAUGGUCGACUCGGAAACCUAGGCACCAUCGAUCAAAAGUACGACGUUGCUAUCUCUACAGCCUGCCCGCAGCUGGACAAUAUGGUUGUAGACACAGUAGAGUCUGGUCAGCAGUGCAUUGAGUACCUGCGGAAGAAUAACCUCGGUCGCGCCAACUUCAUCCUCCUGGACCGCCUCGCCAAGCGCGAUAUGUCGCCCGUCCAAACACCCGAGAACGUGCCACGUCUUUUCGACCUUGUCAAGCCCAAGCACGAAAAGCUCAAGCCUGCAUUCUUCCAGGUUAUGACGAAUACGCUGGUCGCCGAAGACCUUGACCAAGCUGAGCGUAUCGCAUAUGGCGCAAAGCGAUGGCGAGUCGUCACCCUGGAUGGCAAGCUUAUCGACACUGCAGGUACCAUGAGCGGUGGUGGAAGCAGAGUAGUCAAGGGAAAGAUGUCUUCCAAGCUCGCGUCGGAUGUCUCAAAAGAUCAGGUCACAAAGCUUGAGCACGACCGUGAAACGCUUGAGCAGACCUUUGCGGAGUUCCAGCAAGAGCUGCGGGAGCUUGAGACUGCGCUGAGAAACCUUAACCAGCAGAUACCCGAACUAGACACCAAGUCACAGAAACUUGCGCUAGAACUGGAAAGUUUCGAUCGUAAUAUUGCGGAUUGUCAGCGUCGCAUCAAGGAGCUGGGUAGUGAACAGACAUCCACAAAGACCGACAAGGGACGCAUCUCGUCGCUGGAAAAGAACAUCGCUUCGAUGGAGAAGGAGGUGUCUAAGCUUCGAGCAGAGACUGAGGAUAUUGAAGCUGAGAUUAAGGCUCUCCAGGACAAGAUCAUGGAGAUUGGAGGAGUCAAACUACGAGGUCAGAAAGCCAAAGUCGAUGGUCUCAAAGGACAGAUCGAUACAUUGACCGAGCAAGUGUCCAAUGCACAGGUCGCAAAGUCAAAGGAGGAGAAGCAGCGCGUCAAGCACGAGAAGGCACACAAUGAUGCCAUCAAAGAGCUCGAAAAGCUUGCUCUUGAUGCCGAGAAGGUUGAAGAGGACAUGGCUUCACAACAACGCGACGUUUCUGGAAUCCGACAGCAGGGCGAAGAAGCGCAAGAGCAGCUCGAAGCCAGGAAAGAGGAACUUCAGUUGGUCAAGAAGGAGCUCGACGAGAAGCUGGGCGAGCUCAACGAGACGCGUGCGGUCGAAAUUGAGAUGCGCAAUAAGCUCGAAGAAAGCCAAAAGACUUUGAAUGAGUAUCAGAAGAAGCAAGCAUACUUCCAUGACAAGCUAAGCAAGCUCGCAUACCAGAAUGUUACCGACUUGGGCGAGGAACAAGAAAACGAAGGUGAAGGUCUCCCAUCCUACAGCAAAGAUGAGCUUCAAGACAUGGACAAGGCUACUCUCAAGGACCAAAUCGCCCACUUGGAGAAGAAGAAUGAGUCCACGCAAGUCGACCUAGCGGUCCUCGCCGAAUACCGCAAACGUGUCGAGGAGCAUGCUGCGCGCUCCACAGACCUCGCUUCUGCUGUCAGCGCCCGUGACGCUGCAAAGCACAAGUGCGAAGAGCUUCGACGUCUUCGAAAAGAAGGUUUCAAGGCUGGUUUCGACAUCAUCACCGCGCGUCUCAAAGAAAUGUACCAGAUGAUUACCAUGGGUGGCAACGCCGAGCUCGAAUACGAAGAUACACUCGACGCCUUUUCCGAGGGCAUCCGGUUCUCAGUGAUGCCUCCGAAAAAGUCAUGGAAAAACAUCAGCAACCUGUCUGGUGGUGAAAAGACAUUGAGCUCUCUAGCUUUGGUGUUUGCUUUGCAUCACUACAAGCCUACACCGUUGUACGUCAUGGACGAAAUCGACGCGGCGCUAGACUUCCGCAACGUGAGCAUCGUGGCGAGUUACAUUAAGGAGAGGACGAAGAACGCACAGUUUAUUGUUAUCUCACUUAGGAACAACAUGUUCGAACUUGCAUCGCGGCUGGUCGGCGUGUACAAGGUCAACCACAUGACGAAAAGUGUUACGAUUGAGAACAAAGAUUAUAUCAUUAAACAGGCUUGA